GCCGGCGGGCGCGGGAGCCGCAGCGGGGCCGGGCGGGCGCGCACGGCGGCGGCGGCGGCGGCGGCGGCGGCAUCUCGGGCGCAGCGGGCGCAGGUGCCAGCGCCGGCCCGGACGGAGAGUGACAGCGAGGAGGCUGACCGCCACCCCCAGCCCCCCAGCCAGCGAGUGACACGCCCCCUGUUCCUGACCCCGGCGGCUGUCAUUUGACCCGAAGAAGGAAGGGCGGCCUCCCCCCGACCAUGUAGAUGCCGGCUCCGGCGAGCAGCAUGGCCCCCGCUGGAUGGAGACGCCUCGGUGCCCAGCCCUGAGCCCGCCCGGCCCCUGGACCUCGCCCUGCGCCUGGGGACGCCCCCUGGAGCUGCCCGUCGCCGUCGCCAGCCCGCCCCGGCCGGCCCCGCCGCCCCCGGCAGUGCCCCUCGCCGCCGCCGCCGCCGCGCCCUGAGGCCGGGCUGAGGACAGCCCCGAGAGUGACCUCCGGCAGCUCCCACCCGGCCCACCCCGCGCGGGGACGCCGCCGCCAUGGGGGACAUGACCAACAGCGACUUUUACUCCAAAAACCAAAGACACGAGCCGAGCCAUGGGGGCGACUUCGGGUGCACGAUGGAGGAGCUGCGCAGCCUCAUGGAGCUGCGGGGCACCGAGGCCGUGGUCAAGAUCAAGGAGACCUACGGCGACACAGAGGCCAUCUGCCGGCGCCUGCAGACGUCCCCGGUGGAAGGUUUGCCCGGCACCGCCCCGGACCUGGAGAAGAGGAAGCAGAUCUUCGGGCAGAACUUUAUACCUCCAAAGAAGCCAAAAACCUUCCUGCAGCUCGUGUGGGAGGCGCUGCAGGACGUGACGCUCAUCAUCCUGGAGAUCGCGGCCAUCAUCAGCCUCGGCCUCUCCUUCUACCACCCGCCCGGGGAGAGCAACGAAGGAUGUGCCACGGCCCAGGGUGGGGCCGAGGACGAGGGGGAGGCGGAGGCUGGCUGGAUCGAGGGGGCGGCCAUCCUGCUGUCCGUCAUCUGCGUGGUCCUGGUCACGGCCUUCAAUGACUGGAGCAAAGAGAAGCAGUUUCGGGGCCUGCAGAGUCGCAUCGAGCAGGAGCAGAAGUUCACCGUGGUCCGGGCUGGCCAGGUGGUCCAGAUCCCCGUGGCCGAGAUCGUGGUCGGGGACAUCGCCCAGAUCAAAUAUGGUGACCUUCUCCCCGCCGACGGCCUCUUCAUCCAAGGCAACGACCUCAAGAUCGACGAGAGCUCCCUGACCGGGGAGUCUGACCAGGUGCGCAAGUCCGUGGACAAGGACCCCAUGCUGCUGUCAGGGACACAUGUGAUGGAAGGUUCUGGAAAAAUGGUGGUGACAGCUGUGGGCGUCAACUCCCAGACUGGCAUCAUCUUUACCCUGCUGGGGGCCGGUGGCGAAGAGGAAGAGAAGAAAGACAAAAAAGGUGUGAAGAAGGGGGAUGGCCUCCAGCUACCAGCGGCCGAUGGCGCGGGCGGUUCAAAUGCUGCAGAUAGUGCCGACCCCGGCCUGGUCAAUGGUAAGAUGCAGGAUGGCAAUGCGGACGCCAGCCAGAGCAAAGCCAAGCAGCAGGACGGGGCGGCCGCCAUGGAGAUGCAGCCGCUGAAGAGCGCCGAGGGCGGGGACGCGGACGACAGGAAGAAGGCCAGUGCACACAAGAAGGAGAAGUCGGUGCUGCAGGGCAAGCUCACCAAGCUGGCCGUGCAGAUCGGCAAGGCGGGCCUGGUGAUGUCAGCCAUCACGGUCAUCAUCCUGGUGCUCUACUUCACCGUGGACACCUUCGUGGUCAACAAGAAGCCGUGGCUCCCCGAGUGCACCCCCGUGUACGUCCAGUACUUCGUCAAGUUCUUCAUCAUCGGGGUGACGGUGCUGGUGGUCGCGGUGCCCGAGGGGCUGCCCCUGGCCGUCACCAUCUCCCUGGCCUACUCCGUGAAGAAAAUGAUGAAGGACAACAACCUGGUCCGUCACCUGGACGCCUGUGAGACCAUGGGGAACGCCACGGCCAUCUGCUCGGACAAGACGGGCACGCUGACCACCAACCGCAUGACCGUGGUGCAGGCCUACGUGGGCGACGUCCACUACAAGGAGAUCCCCGACCCCAGCUCCAUCAACGCCAGGACCCUGGAGCUGCUGGUCAGCGCCAUCUCCAUCAACAGCGCCUACACCACCAAGAUCCUGCCCCCCGAGAAGGAGGGCGGCCUGCCGCGGCAGGUGGGCAACAAGACGGAGUGCGGCCUGCUGGGCUUCGUGCUGGACCUGAAGCAGGACUACGAGCCCGUGCGCAGCCAGAUGCCCGAGGAGAAGCUCUACAAGGUCUACACCUUCAACUCCGUGCGCAAGUCCAUGAGCACCGUCAUCCAGCUGCCCGACGAGAGCUUCCGCAUGUACAGCAAGGGCGCCUCCGAGAUCGUGCUCAAGAAGUGCUGCAAGAUCCUCAACGAGUCGGGCGAGCCGCGGGUCUUCCGGCCCCGGGACAGGGACGAGAUGGUGAAGAAGGUGAUCGAGCCCAUGGCGUGCGACGGGCUGCGGACCAUCUGCGUGGCGUACCGCGACUUCCCCUGCAGCCCCGAGCCUGACUGGGAAAGCGAGAACGACAUCCUCAACGACCUCACCUGCAUCUGCGUGGUGGGCAUCGAGGACCCCGUCCGGCCCGAGGUCCCCGAAGCCAUCCGCAAGUGCCAGAGGGCCGGCAUCACGGUCCGCAUGGUCACCGGGGACAACAUCAACACGGCCCGGGCCAUCGCCAUCAAGUGCGGCAUCAUCCAUCCUGGGGAGGACUUCCUGUGUCUGGAGGGCAAGGAGUUCAACAGGAGGAUUCGCAACGAGAAGGGAGAGAUCGAGCAGGAGCGAAUCGAUAAGAUCUGGCCGAAGCUGCGGGUGCUGGCUCGCUCCUCGCCCACCGACAAGCACACGCUGGUCAAAGGCAUCAUCGACAGCACCCACACGGAGCAGCGGCAGGUGGUGGCCGUCACCGGGGAUGGCACGAACGACGGCCCCGCGCUCAAGAAGGCCGACGUGGGCUUCGCCAUGGGCAUCGCGGGCACCGACGUGGCCAAGGAGGCCUCGGACAUCAUCCUCACCGACGACAACUUCAGCAGCAUCGUCAAGGCCGUGAUGUGGGGCCGCAACGUCUACGACAGCAUCUCCAAGUUCCUGCAGUUCCAGCUGACGGUCAACGUGGUGGCCGUGAUCGUGGCCUUCACGGGCGCCUGCAUCACACAGGACUCCCCGCUGAAGGCCGUGCAGAUGCUGUGGGUGAACCUCAUCAUGGACACCUUCGCGUCGCUGGCCCUGGCCACGGAGCCGCCCACCGAGACCCUGCUGCUGCGGAAGCCGUACGGGCGGAACAAGCCGCUCAUCUCGCGCACCAUGAUGAAGAACAUCCUGGGCCACGCCGUGUACCAGCUCACGCUCAUCUUCACGCUGCUCUUCGUGGGCGAGAAGAUGUUCCAGAUCGACAGCGGCAGGAACGCGCCGCUGCACUCGCCGCCCUCGGAGCACUACACCAUCAUCUUCAACACCUUCGUCAUGAUGCAGCUGUUCAACGAGGUGAACGCGCGCAAGAUCCACGGCGAGCGGAACGUCUUCGACGGCAUCUUCCGGAACCCCAUCUUCUGCACCAUCGUGCUGGGCACCUUCGCCAUCCAGAUCGUGAUCGUGCAGUUCGGGGGGAAGCCCUUCAGCUGCUCCCCGCUGCAGCUGGACCAGUGGAUGUGGUGCAUCUUCAUCGGCUUAGGGGAGCUGGUGUGGGGCCAGGUCAUCGCCACCAUCCCGACCAGCAGGCUCAAGUUCCUCAAGGAGGCGGGCCGGCUGACGCAGAAGGAGGAGAUCCCCGAGGAGGAGCUGAACGAGGACGUGGAGGAGAUCGACCACGCCGAGCGGGAGCUGCGCCGCGGCCAGAUCCUGUGGUUCCGCGGCCUCAACCGCAUCCAGACCCAGAUUCGAGUGGUGAAGGCGUUCCGUAGCUCUCUCUAUGAAGGCCUCGAGAAGCCCGAGUCGCGGACCUCCAUCCAUAACUUCAUGGCUCACCCCGAGUUCCGGAUCGAAGACUCCCAGCCCCACAUCCCGCUCAUCGACGACACCGACCUGGAAGAAGACGCUGCGCUCAAGCAGAACCCCAGCCCGCCGUCCUCCCUGAACAAGAACAACAGCGCCAUCGACAGCGGGAUCAACCUGACGACCGACACGAGCAAAUCAGCUACCUCUUCAAGUCCGGGGAGCCCCAUCCACAGCCUGGAGACGUCGCUUUAGCUGACCGCCGCCCGCCACCCCGGCCCCCGCCCCGCCCGCCAGGCCCCCCCAGCCCCCCGCGAGCAACAACAGGAAACCAAAUACUGGCGAGAACACCCACCACUUGCACCCCACAGACCCCUUUUCUGGCUGUGGUGCUGUUUGAACUCUUUUUCACUUCGAGACAAGGAGCGGGACGGCCUGGGGGUGCUGAAGGGAGUCUUGGACACCCCCACCUCAAAAAAAAAAAAAAACACAAAAAAACACGCACACACGCACACGUGCACACACGCACAGACACACAGCCCUUUCCCGGCUCAUCACCGAACCCGGCCCAGCCACGCGCCGCCCUGGUCCCUGCAUGGAAGUACCACGACUCCACCCUCCUCCGGCCCGCGUUUCCGGGAGGGCUGGGGCAGGGGGUGGGGGGGGGCCCUGGUUUGUUUUCUUGGGCGGAAACUGCAAACAGACUUUUCUUUUUCCCCCCCUCGAGACUCUGUACCCCACCCUCCACGGCCGUGAGUCCCUGAGAUGCCUGCGCAUGACCCCCGCCCCUAGGGUCCGUUAACCGCCUUUUGGAAUUGCAGAGUCUAGCCCGCCUCGCCUCGCCACUUUGCACCAAUGGAACCGAAGAACUUCACAGACACUCAAGAGCUUAUAUUCAUUUCUUUGAGUCUGUAUCCAACGUAUACUCCGCCGCGGCCGUAUACGUCCGUAGAGAUAGGUAGACCUAUAUAUAUAUAAUAUAUAUAUAUGAAUAUAUAUACAUGGAUAUAUAAAGUUUCUUUGCCAGCAUGUUGCCUUGUUUCCGCUUAAAUCGCUCUAUUUUAACUUCUUUCUGUCCUCCGAGAAGAAUGUAAUUUGUUUACAAUCCUGUAGAUAACGUCUUCUGCACGGCGUGAGAGCCCGGCAGGAGACAGCCCGCCCGGAUGCUCCGCGGGAGCCCCCUCGGCCUUCCAGCCUGCUCUGUGACUUCACCCCCGUGCGCCGGGGAGCGGAGGAGAGAAGGCUUCUCGGGGCGCAGGAGGACGCCGGCCCCCGCCCGCCCCGAAGCCCCUCUCUGGCCCGGCCCUGGUGCGGUGGACUUGAGCACGUCCCCCCACCCCGCCCCGCCCGCCGCCCCUCCCCCCAGAGCGUCCCCGGGCACGCCCGCACGAGGCCUGGAGGUAGUGGUGCCCGUCCCGCCUGCCAUCGUGUGGACGCUCCUUGUGGGUUUUCUUUGGUGGUUUUAUGCUCCGGGGUUUUAGUUCGUGAUCUCGACUUUUUCUCUCCUUGUCCGUGGCCACGUCCGGGCGGGCGACCGGCGUCUGGGAGGAGGAUCGUUCUGGUUUGCUGCGUCUCUGAGUUUGGGUUUUGUUUCCUUUCCGAAGAAUAGCCUUUUCCUCUGCAUUAUUUAGAUCCGAACGAACCUUCUGCUAUGUGUAUGGAAAUGUGUUUAGUGUGAUUUUUUUUUUUAACCCAACUGUCUUCCUGUAGUUAACGAACCCUCCUAACGAGUCUUGCUUUCCUCGACUGAAAGCCAUUCUGAAACCCUACAGUAUCACGGGUGAGAAAAGACGGUUCUUGCCCCCCCAACACGCUUUCCUCCCCCCCAAUAACAGCGCUAGGAACUCCACUUACUAAGAGUUUAUUUAAUUCUGUCAGCCUCUUAACUGCUAAGCACUUUGUGGGUAUCAGCAUUUUUCAUAAAAAAAAAAAGAACUUUUGUAUCGAAUACAAAGUUUGCUUUGAGACUUUUCAGCAUACGAUCUUUUUCCAUAAACUUGUACAGUGCAAAGACAUUUUGAAUACCAUAGUCGAUGACGUCCCAUGCGUGGAGGGGAAAAAACCAACGACAACCAAACGCUCCACCUCGCUCGCGAAGUUCAUUCCCACGGUUGCUCCGUGCCAGAGAAGCUUUCACACACCAGAUGACAGCCACACGGAAACAGAGCCAUAGCCUUCGGGAGGGCCCGAGGGUGUGGGGCCGCGUCCGCCGCCCACCGGGACAGCUCCUGGAGGGAGGACCUUCUUGGCCAGAGAGGACCCCAGCGGGGCGAAGACCCAUCUCUGGACGCGCUCAACGCGGGAGCCUGUGCCCCCAGCCCCGCCCCCCGCGCCGUGCUUCCUGGAUCCUGGCCCCCCGCUGCCCCCCCAGAGCAGAGGGCCGCGCGCGCGCACGUGGCCACAGGCAGCUCGGGGUUGGGGUGUCAUGCCCCCCUUUAUUCCUCACGCAGGGCGUGGCGGCCAGGAGGGCUGUCCUCCCGGGGACCCCUCUUGGGACCCCCCCAGAGCCCCGACGUCAAGGUGGGUCUUGUCAGGAAGGAGGGACGCCCCCCCACCCCACGCAUCACCCCCCCACGGGCACGCACCCCGCACCCACACACGGGGUCUCCCCCUCACGGUAUAGCACAUGACGCUCGCAGCCCGCUCGUCCAGCCGCAUGGGGUACGUUUGGCAGUUCACCCCACUAGGGGGUCAAUAAUUUAUGACCAUUCAUCUGUUUUUAUGAAUUUUUUUAUCUAGACAAUAAUUGUAAAUAAAGAAUCCGCCGUCUGCUCA